AGUUGCUUUGGAGCUGAUAACACUCCAGCUCUCACGAGUCUCCAACAAUGGAGGCUCUAAAUCUAAACCCCACCACAACCCCCAAAUCAUGUCUACCCAAAACCUAUUUCCUCAAAGCCCCUCUACUCCCCUGCACCUUGAAACCCACAUUUUCUCCCCACAAUUGUCAAAUUCACAGACAUUCAUUCAAGAAGACACCUUUCUCAUUCACCACCGCUUGUAAGCUGAAGACCCCUCGAGAUAACAAGAAGAACAACACCAAAAGCAACAAAAUUGCCAAGCAGAUUAUACUCUCUGAAGGAGAGCCGCCUCCGUUGGCGGAGGAGAGUGGCGGCGCCGGCGGAAGCGAGGAAGCUCCGGCGAAGUUAGGAAGUGGGAGUGGAGUAAUGGGUUUGGUGAAGAGGUUGCCCAGAAGGGUUUUGUCAGUUUUGUCUUAUCUGCCUUUGGCUAUUGGAGAAAUGUUCGCCAUUGCUGGUCUUAUGGCUCUGGGAACUUUCAUUGACCAAGGUGAGGCCCCGGAUUUCUAUUUCGAUAAGUACCCUGAAAGUAAUCCGGUGUUGGGAAUUUUCACUUGGAGAUGGGUUCUUACCCUUGGGUUUGACCACAUGUUCACAUCCCCCAUUUUCCUUGCACUAUUGGCUCUCCUCGGUGCAUCACUAAUGGCCUGCACUUACACUACACAAAUACCCCUUGUCAAGGUUGCAAGAAGAUGGAACUUUUUGCAAUCUUCUGAGGCCAUCAAUAAGCAGGAAUUUUCAGAGUCUUUGCCAAGAGCAUCAAUUCAAGAUUUGGGUGUUGUUCUUAUGGGAGCUGGAUAUGAGGUAUUCUUGAAGGGGCCUUCUUUAUAUGCUUUCAGGGGGUUGGCUGGUCGGUUUGCCCCUAUUGGAGUACAUUUAGCAAUGCUGCUAAUAAUGGUAGGUGGAACUCUUAGCGCAACUGGGAGCUUCAAAGGAACAGUCACAGUUCCACAGGGUUUAAAUUUUGUUAUAGGAGAUGUGAUGGGCCCAAUCGGGUUUCUCUCUAAGCCAACUGAGGCUUUCAACACAGAGGUUCAUGUCAACAGAUUCUACAUGACCUACUACGACAGUGGCGAGGUAUCACAAUUUUACACUGAUCUUUCGCUACUGGACCUUGAGGGUAAGGAGGUGCUAAGGAAAACAAUCAGUGUAAAUAACCCUUUAAGGUAUGGAGGGAUCACCAUAUACCAGACAGAUUGGAGUAUUUCAGCGCUACAAGUACUUAAGGAUAAUGAAGGACCUUUUAAUUUGGCGGUGGCACCUCUUAAGAUCAAUGGAGACAAGAAGCUUUAUGGAACCUUCUUACCCGUUGGAGAUGUUAAUUCUCCUGAUGUUAAGGGAAUAUCAAUGCUUGCCCGUGAUCUACAAUCAAUUGUCCUGUAUGAUCAAGAAGGGAAAUUUGCUGGAAUUCGACGGCCAAGUUCCAAGCUUCCAAUUGAAAUUGAUGGCACCAAAGUUGUAAUUGUAGAUGCAAUUGGGAGUAGCGGUCUUGACUUAAAGACUGACCCGGGAGUGCCGGUGGUAUAUGCUGGAUUUGGUGCGCUAAUGCUCACUACUUGCAUCAGUUUUCUGUCUCAUUCACAGAUAUGGGCCAUACAAGAUGGAACAGCAGUGAUCGUAGGAGGAAAAACUAACCGAGCAAAGGGUGAAUUUCCAGAGGAGAUGAACCGCUUACUCGAUCGGGUUCCAGAAUUAGUUAACUCGUCUCUUUCCAGGCAGUCAGAUAGCAUUGUUGGCUAGUUUCUGGGGCAUCUAGAUGGAAUGGAAGAGCAGGAUUAGAUGCUGCUCUUCUGGCUAGUGAAGUAAAAAUCCAGAUAUUGCUCCCAUCUAAAAUGAUUUUCCAGUACAAACGAAAAGAGAGAGAAUUCAUUACUCAUUUAUGAAGCACAAUUUGACAGAUCGGUGGAGCAGUUCCUAUACUUUAUUCAUCCAAAAAUUAUUUUUCGAGGCACAAUUCAACACAGAGUGACCAGUUGAAUUUGCUUUUGAAUGUAUACAUACCAGCACUAUACAUGAUUCGUAUUGUGGUUCCCAGGCAAAGUCCAAGUUUUAAAAUUGUAUGUAUUUAUAUGUUGUAUAGUUGCUUCUCCUACAAGUAUUGAACUUAGUAUACAUAUUGUAACAGUUCCGCAUUUGUCGGAUUCGAAAAGGGUACCAUUCUUUACACA